UUCUUUUUUUUUUUUUUUUUUUCUUUUCUUUUCUUUUCUUUUCGUUCUGAACAAAUGGGCAAGGACGAUACAGCGAGCCUGCUGCCGUCGUCGGGCGGCGCUGGCGGCUCGAUUUCCAUUGGCAUGGGCGGUGCUGUCGGAAGCGCAGCAUUGGCUGGGAGUGGCAGCGGCAACAUCAGCAGCGGCGGCGGCGGCGGCGGCGCUGGGACUGGCGGGGGGGUCGCUGGCGGGAGUGACGCGUGGACAUUUGCGCUCAUGACGUCCGAGGAGACGCUGGCCCGGCUGGACGUCCAUCGCGAUCGCGGGCUGGACGCGGCUGCAGUCAACCAUCGCCGUGGGCUGCGCGGGUUUAACGAGCUCGAGGUCAAGGACGACGAGCCGCUGUGGCGCAAGUUCCUCGAUCAGUUCAAGGAGCCGCUCAUCCUGCUGCUGCUCGCUUCGGCGACCAUCUCGCUGCUCCUCGGCCAGUUCGACGACGCCAUCAGCAUUGCCCUUGCUGUCAUCAUCGUCGUCACAGUCGGGUUUGUCCAGGAAUAUCGCUCGGAAAAGUCGCUCGAGGCGCUGAACAAGCUGGUGCCGCACAAGUGCCACUGCUUGCGCGAGGGCAAAGUGCAGCAAAUCUAUGCGCGCGAGCUCGUGCCAGGCGACAUUGUCGUGCUGGCGCUGGGCGAUCGCGUUCCUGCCGACAUUCGCAUGAUUGAAUCUGUGGAGCUCGAAAUCGACGAAUCCAACUUGACCGGCGAGACCAUCCCGAUGCCCAAGCACACUGGCGCAAUCCCGCAUGCGCCUGGCUUGCAAAAGCCAUCCAUCCACGACCGCAAGAACAUGGGCUUCAUGGGCACGCUUGUGCGCAACGGCCGCGGCGUCGGCGUUGUGACUGCCAUUUCUGAGGACACUGAGUUUGGGCACGUGUUCUUCAUGCUGCAGGAGGUCGAGGACCGCCAGACUCCGCUGCAAAUCAAGAUGCAAGAGCUCGGCCAGAGCCUGUCGUGGCUGUCUUUGGGCGUUAUUGGUGUGAUUUGCUUGCUCGGUCUUGCCCAAGGCCGCAACAUGCUCGAGACGUUUACUGUUGGUGUGUCGCUCGCGGUCGCCGCCAUUCCCGAAGGCCUGCCGAUUGUCGUCACUGUGACACUCGCCCUUGGUGUCAUGCGCAUGGCCAAGCACAACGCGAUCGUCAAGAAGCUGCCGAGCGUCGAGUCGCUGGGCUGCGCGAACGUUGUCUGCGUCGACAAGACUGGCACGCUGACGCAAAACGAGAUGACCGUCACCCGCGUGUUCACGGUGGCGCGCGGUGUGCUGCCCGUUUCUGGCCAGGGCUACUCUGGCCACGGCGCUGUGCUGGUGGAUGGUGCCCCCAUCACUGUUGGAAACGCCAACGCGUCCUUCUCGGCCGCGCCCGUGAUUGCGCACGACGUGCUGCGUGUGCUCGUUGUGGGCAACCUUUGCAACAAUGCCCACAUUAGCGCAGCCGGUGAGCUGGUGGGCCAACCCACGGAGGGCGCCUUGAUUGCGGCCGCCAUGAAGGUGGGCCUGACCGACCAACGUCGCUGCUACGAGCGCGUGGCCGAAAACCCCUUCAACUCGGACAACAAGUGGAUGGCUGUCAAGUGCCGCCGACCCACCGUCGAACAAGCCGCUCAGGCCUUCCCCAUCCUGGCCAACGCGCCCGCGCCGAGCGUUUCGCUGCAGGGCGGACCCAGCGUCAUGGACUCGACCGGCGACACGUACUAUGUCAAGGGUGCUCUUGAUGCUGUUCUCGACCGCUGCUCGUUUGCUGUGGCGGCGAACGGCAACAUUGUCGCGCUGUCCCCGAGCGACAAGGCCUUGAUCACUCGCACGGCGGCCGAGGUUGCUGGAACGGGCCUCCGCGUCGUGGCCAUGGCCUAUGGCUUCCCGCUCGACUCGCUCGUGUUUACCGGCUUUGUUGGCAUCAUUGAUCCGCCGCGCGUGGGUGUUCGCGAGGCUGUCCAGCAGCUGCUGGGCAGUGGUGUUGCCGUCGUCAUGAUCACGGGCGACGCCCAGGAGACUGCCGUGGCCAUUGGCGAGCAGAUUGGCAUUUUCGACCGAAACUUCCACACUGCCAUCUCUGGCCAGCAGGUGGAAGCCAUGGAUCAGCACGAACUCGCGCACGUCAUUCACCGCGCGCGCAUCUUCUACCGCACCAGUCCCAAGCACAAGAUGACCAUUGUUGCCGCCUACCAGGAGAAUGGCGACGUUGUUGCCAUGACCGGCGACGGCGUCAACGACGCGCCUGCGCUGCGCCUCGCCGACAUUGGCGUGGCCAUGGGGCGCUCGGGCACGGACGUGAGCAAGGAGGCUGCCGAUGUCAUUCUCGUCGACGACAACUUCCUCACCAUCAUGGCCGCCAUCGAGGAGGGCAAGAGCAUCUUUUACAACAUUAAGAACUUUUUGCGCUUCCAGCUCAGCACCAGCGUUGCCGCGCUCUCCCUCAUUGCCAUCUCCACCUUCAUGGGCUACCAAAACCCGCUCAACGCCAUGCAGAUCUUGUGGAUUAACAUUAUUAUGGACGGGCCGCCUGCCCAAAGCCUCGGCGUGGAGCCCGUCGAUCACGACGUCAUGAAAAAGCCGCCGCGAAAGGCCAAAGACCCAAUCAUCACCAAGAUGCUCAUUCAGCGUGUGCUGAUCUCGGCGCUGUUUAUUCUGGUUGGCACGCUCUACGUCUACAUUCACGAAAUGAAGGUAGACAACGUGGUGGACGCGCGCGACAACACGAUGGCCUUCACCACCUUUGUGCUGUUUGACAUGUUCAACGCGCUUGCGUCUCGCUCGGAGGAGAAGAGCAUCUUUACGAUUGGCUUCUUUACCAACUCGGCCUUCCUCUACUCGGUGGGCGGCUCCCUCAUCGGUCAGCUGGCCGUUAUUUAUGUACCCUUCCUUCAGUCCAUCUUCCAGACCGAGGCACUGGCGCUCGGCGAUGUCGUGUACAUUACGGUUCUUGCUUCCACCGUCUUCUGGGCCGAAGAGGCUCGCAAGAUGUACAUGCGUGGUUCCUCUCAAGCAUGAUUUUGGUCUCAGAUUGAGGGGUUUUUCUUUCUCGAUCACAUUAAUCUGAGUGUCUUUUUGGUGUUUUGUAGGUGUUUUGUUUUGGCUCAGUAAUAAGCUUUGUUUUUGGAGAC